AUGAGGCUUGGAACAUCUGGAAAAGAUCUAAUGACAUCAUGGAAGAGUGAAAACGAUCCAAAUCCUGGAGAUUUUGUUGUUGGACUUUCAAAAGAUCAGCCACCACAAGCUUUCAUAUGGCAUGGUUCAAAGGCGUAUUGGAGAGGUGGGCCCUGGGAUGGAGGGAAGUUUAUAGGUAUACCAGAGCAGGAGACUAGGUACCCAAAUCAAAUGACUAUCAUGCCUGAGAACUCACAAGGAGGAGCUUUCCUCACCAUUAACAAUUAUAACUCAUCUGAUAUUAGAUGGCUUUAUUUAAGACAUGAUGGUGUGUUACAGUAUAAUUACAUAGAUGAUGUUCAUAACGUUUGGGAUUUUACUUGGGAAGCACCAGCGAAUCCUUGUGAUGUUUAUGGAGUUUGUGGUGUUUUUUCAAUUUGUACAGACAAAAAGUUUCCUAUUUGUGAUUGCUUAAGAGGGUUUGUACCAUGGUCGGAUGAUGAAUGGAGGAAAAGUAACUGGACAAGGGGUUGUGUGAGGCGAAAUGAACUUUUAUGUGAGAAGAAUGAAAGUAAGAGUGAACCAGAUAACUUUCAGGUAAUAAAAGGGAUUAAGCUUCCGGAUUGUUAG